AUGUUCAGUGCCGGGCACCGCGAUCCUUUGGUUUCACCUCUCUUCCCUCUCCAGGUGGUCGAGGCUUACAAGCAGGGCCUGAGGCCAGCCCUGGGCUAUGAGCUCAAUCCCUGGCUGCUGUGUCUCGCCAACUACCGUGCCUGGAGGGCCGGGUACCACGGGAAGGUCUCCUUCUUGAAGGAAGAUCUCUGGAAGGUGGAUCUUUCUGACUGCAGCAAUGUGAUCGUGUUCCUGGCCCCCAGCGUGAAACCUCCCUUGGCCACGAAGCUCCUGGCAGAACUCCCCGACGGGGCCCGGGUGGUGUCUGGACGCUUCCCCUUCCCGUCCUGGACUCCCAGCAGCACCCUGGGGCAGGGGCUGGAGCAGGUCUGGGCCUAUGACAUGAAGGAGGUGCGUCGAGCAGCGCAGAGCAGCGCCCAGGGGAGCCCAGUCUGACAGCAGCCUUGUUAAGCUCAGUCUAACACCAGCCUCGUUAAGCUCAGUCUAACACCAGCCUCAUUAAGCCUGGCAUUAAGGGUCAGAGCCUCUCCAGCCCUAGGCUCAGCUCAGGACAGCAGUGCUUGGCCAGGAUUUGUCCUGGGGACUUGCAGGGUGGCAGUCACUCAGUUUUCCAAAGAGUUUGGGAGAAGCAAGGGAGGAGAAAAUCAGACCUAGAAAUCCUGGGAUUAACACAAGAUUUAAGGACUAAAGCUCCAGUGCCUCUGUAUGUUUACUACUUUAUUUAAUUUUUCAAAAUAAAUAUUUAGUUGGUUGUUC